AUGGUGGGCCAGCACGGAGAAACAAGUAGGUCUGGAGCUCAGCGUGGUCGAUCGGGACCUUCAAGGAAUAGAAAUGGAGGGAAUGCUGCAAACGACAGAAGGGAGCAGGAUAAACAAAGCACAACUGCUAAAGCCGCCAAAGAGGUCGAAGAAGAAGAGGAAGAGGAUGUAGUCACAGAAAGAGCACGGCUGGAUAUCUCCGGUAAUCCUCUACCACCUGUUGAAGGUCUUAUUGAAGCUUUCAGUCAAUUGAACAAUCUGCAAAGACUUGACAUGUCAGAUAUGAAAGCUUCGGAGGAGAAUGAUAAUCCAAAUGGUCUCGAGACGCUACAAUGGAUGAGUAGAGCAGUAGCGAAGAGCAGAAGUCGGAGCAAAAAUAGCUCAUCUGUCUUUGGACAACAGCUGACUUGGCUCAAAUUUAGCGGUAAUCCAUCGCUAGGAGAACAUGCCGGCAAGGAUGCUUGGGAAGGAUUGGAUCAAUUCAGCAAAUUGACAGUGCUAAAUGCAUCUUCAUGCGAUCUACCUGUACCUCCUCCAUCUUCAACUUUAUUGGCAUGGCAGUCACUUGGUGCCCUUGUGCUAGGUCACAAUGCUAUUGAUUCAAUACCGCAUUUUCCCUCAAUGCCUCAAUUGAAUACAAUUGUGCUAUCGCACAAUCAAAUCACUUCUUUGCCGAGAGAUAUGCCGGCAAACUUGCCUGGCCUCAAAAAACUCAGUAUUACACACAACAAGCUACAAUGGACGAAGAACGAAUCUCCGCUACCAGACUUCUCACUGUGUUCACAUCUGCGAGAAGUGCGUAUAUCCGGAAAUAUAGAGCUAAAAAGAUUGCCAAACCAUAUAAGCGGAUGGGGCAAAGGUGUCGGUAAAGAUAGCAAAGGAACAGGUCUUGAAACAUUUGAAGCAGGUGAUUGUGGAUUGGAGGACUGGACAUCAAUCGCACCUCUGAUGCAAGCAAAUGAGGAUACACAAAAUGGAAAUGUUGCGGAAACAAACGAUGCAAUUCAUCCUUCGCGAAAGAGAAGAGUUCGAGGAUUGAUCACACUGUCUUUGCGUGGAAAUGAAGUUACAAAAGCUGAGGACUAUCGGGAAAAAGUCUUGGAGGCGCAUCCUGCCCUUCGUGUCUUGGACAGUGUGAAGCUACAGGUUGAUAAAAAGAAGGAAGACGAGAGCAGCACAGAGGUGCACAAUGAGGAAACAAAAGUUGAACGAGAUUCAGGUGCCAAGGCUUCGAAAGAUGUAGAAUCUCAUCGUUACAAGGCAACGCAAAAUAGACAAUCUGUCCCUCUUGCAAAAGCUAGAGAAGAUGCUCUUCAGCCAUCUACGGGCCCCAAGGGAGCAAGACCUCAGCAUGUUAAGAGAGGCGAAGAGAAGGAAAGCGCGGGAGAAUAUAGUCAAAGAGAUGCAAGUUCGACCAAUAGACAACCCAGAGGUCAAGAUCGCAAUAUGGCAAAGGAUAGAAAGGUGCCCGAGAAGACAAAAGCACAUGAUCACACCGCUGAAGCCGAAGAAGCGUCAAGAAAGAAGCCACACAAACGAGGAGGUCGUGGAAAGAAGAAGAAAAGUGCCGAAGAGGCAGAUGAAGAGGCGAGCAAUUCAAUCAAAGAUCCUUUCUUGCGUUCGGUUGAAAAGUCUGAGAAAGGCAAAGCAGACGAAGAAGAUGAGCAAAUGGCUCGCAUACGUGCGAGAGCUGGACCAUCUGUGAGUGAUGUACCUAAAAAGCCCAAGAAGAAGGAUAAUAAAGCCAGGAAUGAUACGGCGAACAUCGCCAAGGACAAAAAGACGGAUGCCAGUACAAAGCCUUCCUCCCUUGAACCUGAGAAGACAAAGAAGAGGAAAGCCUGGGAUGAGGAUGCUGGUACUGUGGAAACUUCUGAGCAGAACAUGCCCUCAAAGAAAGGCAAAAUUGAGGAAAAGGACGUUAACAAGAAGCAACCUUUGAAAGCCGAUCAAGCACCGAAAGAAGUGACCUCAGUGGCGGGCGUAGUGAACGUAGCUAAAAAGAGAAAUGGCGAAGAAAAGCGCAAGGCAAAAGUGCCAUUCAACGUAGCAAAGAAACCUGAUAGCAAGAUUGGGUGGGGAGGACCUGGUAAGACCAGUGAGCCAAGCAUUGGACUGGGUGGAGCUUGGAGUUGA